AUGAACUUUAUACAGAUACGCCGUUUAACAACAAAAAUUCCUAUACCACCAGUUUUAUCAGUUGAACGUGCAGGUACUUCAGCCGCAGAUACGGCGCGCAUCAAUCGUUUAAUUAAUUUUUACAAAAAAGUGCCGAAAGGACCGAGACCGAUCCCGGAACCCAAAAGUCUUAUUGACAAAUAUCGAGCAAAAUACAUUCAUACUAACUCUGCAAUGCCACUUGUUCACAUCAUUGCUGCGGUUAUGGGAAUUGGAUAUCUUCUUGAUUAUCAAUUUCAUUUGAGUAAGUCUUUCUUUGGUUUGCUAUUUGAUUUGAUACCUGUAAAUCGUAAUUUUGAUGGUUAA